GCGACCGAAAAAAUGCGUUUCGGAUUUCGAUUCGGUGUUCGCCAUUUUGAUGUUGGUGCUUAGUACCAUCAGAAUGAGCAAGUUUUAUUAAAUUCUAAUAAAACGUUAAUUUUGUGUGCAUUUGACAAAAGUGUAUCAUCCCUCUUUUGGGAUAAGAAAGUUGUAAAAUUAUGGAAACAACCUUGGAUGCGUCCUUAGUGGCGCAAUCCAUAAACUACCAUGGGCAGCAACUACAAAAAACGUGGGAGGGCGAGCGAGGCGAGGAAGAUCUUCCAAAGAUUGGCGUAGGUCCGUUGGAUUUUGCGGUGUACCAGUCCAGACACAAGCAUUUAACAUUUCAAGACCGUGGGAAGAGGCUCAAGUUACAUCAGUUUAUCGCUAAAGAAGCGAAUGCAUUAUUUGAUGCAUCGUUGUUGGAAGAAACCCCUUCGUCCUCCAGCUUAGGAGCUGACGCCGCUACGCCAGAAGACAAUUUGUUUGCAUUGAUGCCACCAUUUGAGACAUUUUUGAAUGUCGAUAAAACAGCCAGAUUAAGACAUUUUUUUGAUAAUGUGAAGACAGGAGAGCUUAUCAUAGGAGCUGUGAUCAACCGAACUGCCUCGGGAAUGAUGUUGAAGGUGCUCUGUACAGCUGGACCCACAUCUAGAUAUGUCGCUGAUAUCAAUGUUAAGGCUUUUUUACCUGUGGCAAAUAUCAUACCGGCAGUGGACAAGAAAAAUGUGUCAAGAAACUACCUGAUGAAUGACACUGUGUGCUGUGAAGUUAUUGAAGUUAUCCCAGACACAGACAAAAUGGUGUGCGGCAUGAAAGGCGUCACACGGGGCCCGGACGACCCGCCACCUAAGCCUCCUCUUGGACUCCUCAGCACUGACGAUUUUCCUCUAAUCUACAAGAAAACUAUGGAAAUGAAAGGAGAAAACUAUGAAGCCAUUUUGGAGAAGAGCCCUGGAUUCAAUAAUCCUAACUGCGUCCAAUACCUCUCUGAACUACUUGGGAUUUCCAACAUGCAUUGCACCAAUUUUUCAACAUUAAGGGGAGGAUUUUCAAUCACCGACUAUGCUGAUGAACUUCGUCAAGCUCAAGCAAGCAAAUGGGCGUUUAGGUCUGUAGCUGAAGGUAUUGAACACUUCAAAGCAGGAAGACAUUCAGAAGCAUUCCAAUGUCUUAACAAGGCAUUAAGCAUAGAUCCUAGAAACGUAGAAGGACUUGUUGCAAGAGGAGCUCUUUAUGCAAACAGUGGAACAUUUAAGAAAGCCAUAGAAGACUUUGAAACAUCUCUUAAGCUUAAUCCUAACCAUGCAAAUGCACGUAAAUAUUUGGGAGAGACCCUCGUUGCUUUGGGUCGAAGCUAUGAAGAUGAGAAUAAAAUAGCAGAAGCACAGAAGGCUUAUGAAGAUUGUCUUGCAAUAAUACCAUUCCAUGAAGAAGCUCAGAAUUCAUUAGAUUUUCUCAAGAGUAAGACAUCUACAACAAAGCCAUUGAUUGAGCCAGCUGAAUUACUGUUGCCAGGAUUGACAGGAGCAAAAUCAUUUGAAAUGAAAGAAACACUGAAACAGCUGUUAAAUUUAACUGAGAAGAAAGAAAAGAAAAAGAAGAAGAAACGUGGCAAAGGUAAAAAGAAAAGAUCAAGCAGCUCUUCGUCAUCAUCAAGUGAUUCAUCUAGUUCCAGUUCUUCUUCUGAGUCUUCAUCAUCAUCAUCGGAUUCAAGUGAAUCAGAAGGGCCAAAUCGCAAGAAAAAGCGUCGAUCGCAGUCAAAUAACAAGAGACAGCGAUCACUGUCGCCGCUCAGCAAACGCAUGGCGAUGCUCGGUGACUCUGAUUCUGCGUCGCGCACACACAACUCGCAGUUCAACCAUCCCUACGGGUACCAGCCGCCCCCGCCGCCCAUUGAUGAGCCCAGCAGUGUAACCGUGAGAUCGCAGGCCGAUAUUGAUUAUGAAUUAAAGGUACGAAAGUUCCUUGAAAUGACCAAGGAAGAUUCUGACUACGAAGAAAAAGUUCGCAACUUUUUAGAAGAAACAGCUCAGUAUAAACGCAAUCGUAAGAUGCAGGAAUUAGGUCAGCAGACACAGCCAGGAGCUGCCGAUCAUGACAAGAAGAAGAAGAAAAAGAAAGACAAAAAAAAGAAGAAAGAGUCGAAGCGGAAACGUAAGGAGCAGGAAAGAGAAGAAAAGAGAAAAGCGAAGUUGGCGCGAAUGUCCAACAACUCUGAGUAUAGUCUUCGUGAUUUAGAAAAUAUUGGUGACAAAAAACUAAGAGAUGCUAUAAGGAAAGAAUUAAAAGGAAAAUCGAAGAGAGACCUAAGUUCAGAAGGAGAAUAUGAGCGAAAACACACCGAAAAAAGCCGGAUAUUAGACGACAUGGAAGGCUUGAAAGAGCUGGAAUCAAAACUCAGCGCAUACCACGUAAUGGUGGAAAAGGAAGUUCUGGGAAAACGAGAUGGGCGCAGUUCGGCUAGUCCCAUCGAUCAAGCACCGCCGCCGCCGCUCGAUAAACCUAAAUGGAAGAUGUCUAUGAAUGCAGUUAAGGAACCGGGUGUAAAGAAAAAAGACACGCCGGUACAAAAGGGUUAUAAAGAGCGCUACGCAUUCGAAGAUAGUUCCGAUGAUUCACAAGAAGUGCGAUCUAAGCAAUCUCCUUCGAGUGGCGAUAAGAACGUGUCGGUGAGACGUGCAAUGGCCAUGAAAGAGCCCCCGCCGCUGCCCUCCGCACCGCCGCCCAAGCCCGGUCGCGAACCCGACCCGCCCGGCACCGAGCCCUCGCACGGACACCAGCACUCGCACCAGCAGCACCAGUCGCACACCUCGCACGCGCCGCCUGUCCGCAAAGGAAAUAUUGUUCUGGACAAAUUCGGUUCAUUCCGACUCGCGCAAGAGGGCGAGACACCAGUAUCAGUGGGUGACGGUCGACCUGAACAGUUUGUAACACGAAUCAAGCCACCCACACCGUCUGGGCGCAGACCGAGAUCGCCACCCUCGCCGCGGAGACAUUCUUCUAACUCAUCGGAUGAAGAUCGCCGUUCGCCAAAACGAUCUAGGAGCAGAUCCCGUCCACGCAAGUACCGCUCUCGCUCUGGAUCCCGUUCGCGCUCAGGCUCUAGCGCCAGCGGGUCCGUGGCAUCGCGCAGACGCCGCUCCGCUUCGCCGCGCUCGCGAUCGCGCUCGGACGCGAGGAGUUCGUACUACUCGCGAAGCAGAUCCCGCUCUCGCUCUGGCUCUAGAGACAGGUUCCGUCGCUUUGGUCGCCGAGGAGGUAACUGGCGUGGUCGCGGUGGUUUUGAACGUGGUACCUACUAUCGUCCCCGUUUCCACACGUACAACGGAGGCGGCAACCGUGGAAGAGGUAGAGGCGGCGGUGAUUUUCGCAGAGACGACGGGCGUCGAUUCCAACCAGAAUGGAGAGACAAUCGCUCAAGAGGUGGUAGGCCUUUCCGCCCGAGGAGGGGUGGCGGAGGACGUGGUAGACCAUUUAGGGGUGGCGGUUUUCGUGACUUCCGUGAUAGACGCGGGGGAAGAUAUUCCCGUUCUCGAAGCCCUGAUAGGACUCGUAGAUCCAGAUCCUACAGUCCCGAAAGACGUGAAAAGGAAAGAGACAGUCACCGUAGCGAAGGUGAAUACGAAGAAGAGAGAUACGUAGACAGAAAGGAGUAUGACGGUAAAUGGGCCGACGGAAAUGAACCCGAGCGGAAUCACGUCGAGGAAAAACAAGAGGAACAACCGCCCAAGGAGUAAACUGCAUCGUAAAAUAUGCAACCACGCACCACCGCCACCUUUCUUAGUUUAAGACGAACAUAUAGUCCCUUCAAUUUGAUUUUAAGGGUGCUUCUAAUAUUACUUGUACCCUACUAGCUGUAAAUAUAGAUACGAAAGGUCGUUAACAUAUGUUGAUUUAUGAUUUCAAUUGAUACAAUAAUUGCCUAUAUUUACUUUAAAAUAUGUAUGCUUGUCAAAGUAGUCCUAGUAAGAAUUUAGUUUAAUAUAAUCAGCUGAUGAAUCACUUAUAUAAGAACCAUUCCACAUUUAGGAUUUAACCGUUUUGGGUUUUGAGUAUUGGACACCGAUUUUGUGUGAAAGUGCAAAUUAAAUAAAUGUUUUCAGU